CACGUAUUUAAUUGCAUGAAUGCAAAGUCUACCAUCACCAAAUCAAUUAUCAUCUUCUUCUUCUUCUUCAUAUACUCAGAUGGCGGAUGAAACUUAUAAAUUUGGACCAUACACCAUUUAUCAAAAGGAAUCGUUUUACUCCACUGAUCUAUCAUAUGCUUUUGUCAAUCUCCGCCCUGUUCUUCCUGGUCAUGUGCUUGUCUGCCCAAGGCGUGAGGUCAAACGUUUUAUCGACCUCACCACUGAGGAGGCUACCGACUUGUGGAUUUCAGCACACAAAAUUGGGAAACAGCUUGAGAACUACCACAACGCUUCUUCGCUUACAUUUACCAUCCAAGACGGUCCUCAUGCAGGACAAUCAGUUCCUCAUGUUCACAUCCAUAUUCUUCCUCGGAAAGACGGGGAUUUUGUGAACAAUGAUGAGAUUUACGACGCUAUUGAUGCGAAGGAGAAGGAACUAAAGAAAAAACUAGACUUGGAUAAGGAAAGGAAAGAUAGAAGCAUGGAGGAAAGGGCUCAAGAGGCAGCCGAAUACAGAAAGUUUUCUUUCUAAUAUACACCAGAACCGUCACCAUCUUGGUACUUCAUCUUCGGUUUGACAUAUUUGAUCAUCUACAUAUAUAUGUUUACCUCUUUACUAGAUCUUAAUCAAGUUAUGUGCUUCUAAAAGGUAAAUAAAUAAGAAAGGAUAACAAUAAAAACAUAAGCGGAUGAAAGUUUGAGCCUUAAACGUGACGGUUGUUAUAUGUUGUCAUAAGAAUCAAUCAUCUUUGAACAAAAACUAAUGUAUUGUAUUUGUAUACUUGAAUCAUAACUUGGGUGUUGCAUUAUAAUGUUGUGUUUUGUUUUG